UUUACUGGCUCGGCUUCGGCAUAUUCCACUCUGGGAUCGAAGUACACGGCAUGGAAUAUGGAUUUGGAGCCCACGAGUAUCCGGCCAGCGGAGUGUUUGAGGUGGAACCAAAAAGUUGCCCCGGAUAUGUAUUUCGACGCUCUGUGUGUCUAGGAACAAUCGACAUGUCCCCUUCGGAGUUUCGCCUUUUUAUAGAAAACCUUGCGGGACAAUAUCAUGGCGACACAUACCACUUAAUUGCCAAGAACUGCAACCAUUUCACCAAUGAUGUUUGUAUGCGUUUGACUGGAAAGUCCAUUCCAGGAUGGGUGAAUCGGCUUGCCAGAUUAGGUUCAUUUUGCAAUUGUCUUUUACCGGAGAGUAUUCAGGUGACAGCAGUUAGACAUUUACCAUCUCAUGCUGCAUUUUCUGAAGAUGAAUUGGAGUCGAUUGUUUCGUCCACAAUUGAUGAAAGCGAUGAGGAAGACUCUGAUCAUCACCUCCUAUCAACUCCGACUGUCGAUCUUGCACUCUUGAGAGACAAACCGAUUGUAAGGCUUGCUAAAGAUGCUCUUUAAACUUGUUUGGUGAUACUUUUAGAUAUAUAUAUGUAUUAGAGUAUCGAACCACGAGUUACUGCCUGUUUUUUGUGACCCUUUUGUAUCCUAACAUCAAUAUAUAGUUUGUUAAUCAUCGGUUUAACUUGGAUUCCUUUGCCAUACUUUUUAAGUAAGAGUGAAAAUGCGCUUACGAUGGCUUGUAUCAGUUCUUCGUGGGAUCUUGUUCCUGCUACGAUUGAUGAAAAUGAUGAAAUGAAUCCUAAAGUUA